GGGAGGAGAUCCAGGCCGUCUGGUUCGCUCCGUUCUCCCCAUCUCGACCCGGAUGGAAACCAAACCUCCCUCCAUGGUGACCACAGCGUCCCUCACAGACCACUCCACAGCCUUCUGGAAGCAUUAUGUGUUCAGUAGGAAUUACACGAAAGUGGCAUUCCUGCUCAGGUAGUAGCUGCAGUGGAUAUCAACACCACGGCCAAUCGCAUCUAUCAGCACAACUUCCCCCAGACGACUCUUUGGAACAAAACUAUUGAGGGAAUCAGUCUCGAUGACUUCAAUAAACUUUCAUUUGAUAUGCUUCUGAUGAGUCCUCCCUGCCAACCUUUCACCAGAAUCGGACUUCAAGGAGAUGUAACAGAUGCCAGAACCAAGAGUUUCCUCUACAUCCUCCAGCUUCUGCCUCGGCUCCACAGGCGGCCUCGCUUCAUCCUGCUGGAGAACGUGAAAGGCUUUGAAACUUCUUGUGCCAGGGAACGUCUGGUGGAAACCCUGAAAGACUGCGGAUAUUUGUUUCAGGAGAUCAUGUUGUCGCCUACGAGUGUUGGAAUCCCAAAUUCAAGACUGCGUUAUUUCCUGAUGGCUAAACUUUCCACAGAGUCCCAGAGCAGUGGAUUCACUGUACAGAUUUCAGAUGUUUUCCCUCAGACUGGCUCCUCUGGACAGGACUCGGUUGUACAUUCAGUCAGUCCGCCUGAAGCUUCGUCACAGGAGGAUGGCGUCCUGUACAAACUGGAGACGGUGGCCGACGUCCACAGGAAGAGCACUCAGAACAGAGACCAGUCUCUCCGACAGAUUGGGGACUUUCUGGAACCACAGACGGAGGUGGACAUCCAGCAGUUUCGGAUUCCUCCCAAAACGCUGCUGCGCUACUGCCUCCUGCUGGACGUCGUCAAGCCGUCCUGCCGAAGAUCAGUGUGCUUCACCAAAGGCUAUGGGAGGUAUGUGGAGGGAACCGGCUCGGUUCUGCAGUGCCAGCUGGACACAGAGAUGCAGAGUGUGUUCACAGGUUUGGAGCUUUGCUCCGAAGAGCAGAAAUUAGAGCGCCUCUUAAAACUCCAGCUGCGUUAUUUCACUCCCAGAGAAGUGGCCAACCUCAUGGGCUUCCCUCAGAGCUUCUGUGAGUUCGCCCUUGAAAUUGAAAUACUUUACACUCUCACAAACCCUCCCAGGUACAUAAACCUGGCCCCUGGCCGGGGUCUUCCUCUGCACCCUUCUGGACCAGUGUGUGGACGCCUGCCCGGUGGGGGUGCUUGGAUCUGGGCCCUGAAGGCCUCUCUGGCCUGCUUCUGAUCUUCCCAGGGGUCAGAGGUCAUAUCUGCAUGAUCAGGUUGAUCGUUAAUCACUCUUCUUAAUCUACAUGUGGACUCGCUCACCGUGCUGUCUGGAGGGCUGUUAGACUCUUGGCUCUCUGGAUCAGGUCUGUCCUGAUGCUCUUGUGUCAUUUGUAGGAGUGUAACGGUAUUUGUAUUCGUGUGACGGUACGGGGGUCACGGUUCGGCACACACAAUCACACGACGAAUACACCAGUGAGUAAAAAAA